AUGGAGUCACGCUUGUUGAAACUCGAGCACGAUGUUGAAGUACUUUCUAGUGAAAACAGAAGAUUAAAGAGUGAAAACAUUAAACUGAAGAUGAAAAAUACAGAACAGGACAAGGGAAUUGAAAUUUUGCGCAAUGGGAAUAAGCAAUUACACGAACUUAUCGAGACUAGGUUGCUUCUUCAAAAUACCCCAACGGAGGGAGUAGCGUUUUAUGCCUAUAUCAAUUCGCUCAAAUCAGAACUACCUGCAAAACACGUCAUGGUGUAUGACACCGUAAUAACAAACCAUGGCAAUAGUUACCAUAAAGAUGACGGCAUUUUCAUCGUUCCUCAAAACGGCAUAUACGUUUUCUCUUGGUCCGUCGCAGUACAAGAUGGUGAAUGGGCCCAUGCUGAAAUCGUUUUAAAUGGUUCUCCAUUUGGAAGUGUAAUGGCUGACACCAGUGCCGUAGGAGCGUCAGACGGGGGUCUUUCCACUGGCAUUGCCAUAAAGGAGUUUGAAGAUCAUGAGUUUGCUUCUGCAGGGGUUGUUAAUGAGCACUGUUUUCUUUUGCUGUUGAGGCUUACCCUCAUCUAG